UUUGUAAUUAAAAUUGUAUAGCUUCCUUUUUGUUUUCAAAGAAAAGAAACUAACAAAAAAAGAGAAAGUGACAUAAAAACCAAAAACCGAUCAUCGCGUUAGAUUAUAUGCAUUUACGAACCUGUUAACAUUACACCACUCAAGGAUAUGACGGCAAUGCAACCUGCUCCUUCCGUCAAAAGUAAACCAUGCGUUCCCAUCGCCAUUCCCAAGUAUCCAAGACUUUUCGCAAACCCAACGCCGAGAACCCUGAACACAAUAAAUUGCACAACAUGGGCUUAUUAUAACUAUACACGUUAGUCAGAAAAUACAUCGGGAUUGAAUUUAUCAAUUUUCCGCAACUGAAAUGAAACUCUUCGCGACAUCGAAGAAAGUAUUCUUUCUCUCACCGAGUCUGCGUUUUCGACAAUUCCACGACGAGGCAUGACGACGCGGUCCCGCUGACGAUCCACAUUGCUUCCAUCAAGCUCGUAUAAAACAGAGUGUAUUUCGUACCGAUCACGUAAUGCACGCAGAACGAAAGAAAGCCACCGAUUACGUGACUCGUAGCUAAAAUAAAAAAUAAAGUCGAAAAAUUAAGAUGAUGACGAAUAAAUGGAGAUUCGCAUCGCAGAUUACCUAUGAAAAUAGGUCUGCCCGAUUGAUCCAUACGCAUAAACAUCCAGGCCAAAAACGGCAGGGUAGCGAGAGCGACAAACAGCGCUCCUGUUUCGAAACCGGGGUCGAUUCUUAACGAGCUGCAGGUUGAUGAUGCCAAUUCUGAAAUACCGGUUAUCCGGUCACCCGCGUAAAAGGACCACGAAACGAACCAAAGGUAACGUACCGUUUCCGUUACGCGAGGAGUAUUUAUCCUCGAGUGAUUUCACCCCGAGUUUGCACUCGGCCCGGACCGUCGGAAUUUGGAACCACAGAACCUGCCGGCACUUCAGAUCGGGAAACCAGUAACUCAUGGUGAAGUAGCUGUAAGUGCAAAGAAACUCGGAAGUGCAUUUCCUGCAGACCGUGUUACAAUUUAUCGGCGCACUCACGACAACUGGAAAACGAAUUGAAUCUGCAAGACGAUAAUCGCGCUGUAACAGGGCGGCCGGACGCCCUUCGGGACGUAGGUCUUGAAUUCUCCGGUGCUCAGCGUCCCCGAGAAGGGAAGAUCGUCCUCGAGACUGUCGAGAGACUCCUGGAAGAAAGCGGAACUUUAAGGAUGUAUUGGCUAUACAUUCUCAACCAAAAGAGAGUCUCGUCGACAAUGUUGAAUACUUUGUGGCAUUCAAGAGCCCGCUCGCCCUUGCCCAUGGAAAAGAGAAGCCUGUGACUUUCCGUGAGGUAACGCACCGCCAAUCCAGCCACUAUGAGAGCCAGGGAGCCGAAAAAGAACUGCGAGACUCGCCAGGAGAUCGGUAACGCUGGUAAGGAAAUCGACUUGUCGUUACGAAGCUCGUUUUGCCCAUCGCUUUCAGAGCCGCCCACCUGGAAACGCGACGACGCCGAGCAGCCAGAAGACCUGGAAAGAAACCAGGGCCCUUCCUCGGUGCCGAGGAACCUGCAGCUCGGCGACGUAGACCGUCGUCACACAGAGCAAUGCCGAUGACCUGGAGCAGUAUUCGCUAUUAGGAGGGUUCGGGGACCGGGAAAUCCUCCAGGAGCUACCAGAAUGCUCUGAAGGUCGAGAGUGACGCCAGGCAGGAGUAGCCGGUGCAAAAACCGAGAGCCAGGGUGCCGAGUCCGUAGAUCACGAGAGAAACUACCAACGAUUUGAGCCGACUAGCGAAAUCCGCCGGGACUGCGAUCAGCAGGGCUCCGAUUACCAAAGCUGCGGGUCAAAGUUCAAUUUUCAGGAGGUUUUAAGGACGCAAGCGUCAGUUUUCGGUGCAUUUUCGACCUGACCGUACGUCCGACGCGCCCUUAAGAAUUAUGGAACAAACCGAUUAUGGUGUAGGUGUCAAUCCUGACUCGUUGAUCGCUGUCGAGAUGCAAUUCGCAGCCGAUAAUUCCGCGCGAUUCUGUCAGAAAACCUCCUGGGCCGGAUAUCGAGGCGAUGACCAAUCCGCAGAGGAUCAACACUCUGUACUGAUAGCGGCCAGAGCCUGAAGGAAGAGGAACUGGAUGUAGUUUGAACUUUGAUGCGUGCAGAGAGUAAAACGAGGAUAAGAAUGAACUCACCGGCCUUUUCUACCGCCAAACGAACGGCAACUGUUGACGUAACUGAUGGUGACAAUCCGAGAAAAGAGGAAGGACCGGUAGAUUUUGAACGUGCAAUAGAACUAACAGGCUAUGGAAAGUUUAAUUAUCUUCUGCUGCUGGCCGUCCUACCAGCAGGAUGCUCAAGUGUUUACGCGUCCACAGCCAUGUCCUACGUCCUGCCGUCUGCCGAGUGCGACCUUGGACUCACCUUGCUUGAUAAGGGUCUUCUUAAUUCUAUGGCAUUUGCAGGGAUGAUUUGCAGCUCGUUCGCAUGGGGAUUUUUGGCCGACAUGUUCGGGCGUAAGACAAUACUCGUUUACGGCUACCUCCUCGACGCUAUUUUCAAUCUGGCAAGUAGUUUUUCCCAGGUUUCAUGGAUGCUGUUAGUUUUCAAAUUCUUCAACGGCGUGAUAAUUUCCGGCCCAUACGCCGCCUUGUUAUCUUACCUGGCGGAGGUUCACGGUGAAAAGCACAGAUCGCAGAGUUACAUGUGGCUCGGAGUAUUUUUCUCGUUAGGCAAUAUUUCAGUGCCAUGCGUGGCUUGGCUGAUCAUUCCGCUCGAUUGGGAAUGGACCUUCUUCGGUGAUUCGAUGGUCUUCAACUCCUGGAGACUCUUCCUCGUGGUCUGUACCGUGCCUGAGUUCAUCGCUUGUCUGGCACUCUCCUUCUUUCCGGAGAGCCCGCGAUUCCUCAUCGCCAAGGGACGCCACCAAGAAGCCCUUGACGUUUUCAAGAAGAUCUACUCGAUCAACACCGGAAACCACCCUGACACGUAUGCUGUCAAAAGUCUCGUUCAAGAAUCGUCGAUAGAAGCUUCCGGGAAAAGCUUGGUCCACAUGUUGCGGUGCGGCUUGCGUCAAAUGAAACCCCUCUUCGAGGUCUCGAACCUCUCCCGACUGAUUCUGAUCACAUCCAUUCAAUUCGGAGCCACUUUAGGCUCUAACUCCCUGAGACUCUGGAUGCCCCAGCUCUUCGCGAUGAUCGAAACCUACGAGAAGCUGCAUCCCACCUCGGCCUCCGAAGUGAAACCCACCAUGUGUUACAUGCUGGACGCCACUAAAUACCUCGAAAAAAAUUUAACCGACGCAACGAACAUAACGACGAGUGCUGAGCCAGCUUGUACACAGAUGAUACUGGACUCCACUGUUUACAUGAACUCGAUGAUCAUCGCUCUGACCGGUGUGAUCGGAUACACGAUUGCCGGAAGUCUCAUAAACGCGGUUGGGAAGCAGAAGCUUAUGAUCGUGUGUUUCGUGGGUGCCGGUGCGUGUUGCGGAGCUUUAUACUGGGCCCAGGAGACGAGCGUGAUUCUGAGUUUAACGUCGAUAUUCGUCGCUCUCGCGAGCAUCGGGGGUGCGACGGUGAUGAACGUGAUAGUCGAUAACUUUCCAACAUUCCUCAGAACCAUGGCUGUCAGUAUCACAAUGAUGUGCGGACGAGUCGGAGCUGUAGUGGGAAAUAUGCUCUUCCCAAUUCUCUUGAACGCCGGCUGCCUCGGUCCGUUUAUCAUGAUCGGGACCGCGUGUCUCGCCUGCGCGGUUUGGACGAUAAUUUUACCAUCCGGUAAAAUUACUGCGGUCAGUAAAGAAGAGGGUUUAAAACAGUGAUACUUAUAGGUUGAGACGUCAUUUUUGUAUAUAUGCGAUGGUGAUUAAUUAUAGCGCUGAAUUGCACGCUAUUGAUUCUAAGUCAUGGAGUAUAGUAUGUAGAUAGGAUUUAAAUGUCAAGAUUUUAACACGAUCGUUGCAAAAUACCUUUACUAUAUUCCCACGGUGAGUGUGAUGCACGUAUCAAGUUUUACAAGUAUACGUCACUAAUACGUUGCUAUUAAAUGUAUAGUACAGCGUGUCGGAUGAUACGUGCGCGGCCACGUCGAUUUUCCAAGAGAUAUAAUAUAUAUUAAUGUAUACGUCUGAGCAUAAAAUGGCAAACAGAAGUAGAAGAAGUGAACAAUACGUUGAUAUACUUUAAUAAUAAACAAUGAUACGCUUUUGUUCGUUCAACUUUUAAACAUUGUCCUCUGAUCUUAUCCUGUAUGUACGUGUGUUGUAACGUUCCCGGCUUUUUCAGAACCUUGGUUACCGAAACCGUGACACUGUGAAUUGUUUGACCUUUUUGUUAACAAAUUUUAACCAUCAAAAGAAUUAUGAAAGGAACCCCUCUUUCAUUUUUUUAUAAUUUUUCUGUUGAACUGUCGCCGGACACGGAUGACACAGUGCCGUACACAUUUAUUUUUUUCACUGCUAUGUUGUUAAAUAAGAAAACAAAUACCGCUUAAACAUCACAGAUUUUAAUCAACUAAUUGCACCUUGUGCUUUUGUAUCUACAUUUUUACAAAGGAAUUAUAAAUGAAAAUCGCAAUAAGCAAAUAAAAAAGGAAAAUAUAAAAGAAAGUGAAUUAAAUUAAACAGUCAAGUAUCACCUGGUUUCUACGUUUUACCUUUAGGAACAUACGUAGCUUUUACGUAAGCUAUGAGAAAUUCUAUGUUUGAUGAAGAGUGCAAAGGUUCUUUUAACACUCGUCCCCUAAAAUUUUCUAUGUUACCUCCUAAAUGUAAAAUCUGCCGAAUUUUGUUAAGAAAGGAAGCUAAAUUAUCGCACUGCUCCUUGGCGAGUACAGCUGAUUUACAAUGACACGUCGCGAUGAACUUCGAGAGAUAAAAACUACAUGUCUUUCCUCAGUUACGUUUUACUUUCUGAAUGUAUCCUUGAAACCGUGUACCAAAGAGAGAAGAAAAAAAUUUGUAUCUGAACAAUGAAUUUUGCAUCUUAAAUUUUGGUGUAAAAUAUAAUAAUAACAAUUCAGCUUUACGAAAUUUGUC